ACGUACAGCCAAGGGAUUGAAUUAGCCUGCCAAAAAGAAAGAGAGUUCGUGAAGCAUUCUGUAGAAUGCACGUGGAACCUAGCAGACGCCCAGCAAAAACUUGGUAGCUUAGCACUGCAUAAUUCAGAAUCCUGCGAUCAGGAAUCUGCUCAAGCAAAGACUGAAGCUGCAGAGUUGAGAUGGAGAGAGGAAGAGUGGAGAAGAAAAGAAGAAGCACUAAACCAGAGGGAAAGACAGAAUCUAUGGAACACAGAUCCUGUUAGUAAGGAGGUAUUUAAUAAGAGUUUUAUUAAUCAAAAAAGAAAAGAAAGAGAAGAUGAAGAUGUGUCUGAACCACUUAUGCAAAAACACGAACAAAAGAUCAGACACUUUG